GAACUUUACAUGUGCCGAACCUAAUUAUUAGGUUCGGCACAUGUGAAGUUCGACGUAUGAAUCAAUUAGGAACGGCACUUUUGUAUUUGGGUCGACUCUGCCGUUCUAUUCGACUGAGCUAGUCGAAUAGAACGGCAAAAGAUCGGCUUCGAUUCAUACGUCGAACUUCACAUGUGCCGAACCUAAUGCAUACAUUAUGCAUACAUUAAAUUAGUAAUUUUUUUCCCACAAUCCCACUAGUUUUUACGUAGUUGUCAUGCGCAAAAGACAACAUUCGAAUAAAAUGGCGGGGAAAGAAGAGCAAUGUUGUUCGUCUUGCCUAAAAACUACAAAGUAUACUUGUUUGAAGUGCAAGGAAUAUUUCUGCAUGCCCUGCUCCAUCUUUGAGGACGAUGAAACUGUCAUUGGUUGGAAAGCGGGGAGUUCAGUGGCAUAUUGCGAGCCAUGCUUCAAAGAAGUCAUGGAAGAGAGCGAAUUAAAGACCGUGAAUGUUGUAGAUGACGAUUCUGAUGAAUCCCGCGAAGAUACAGUUCCUGAGAAGCAAGAAGAACGACCUUCCACUAAAAAAAAAUCGGUGAAUGGAGAUAAAAGGAAAAGGAAACAAAUGGCUGAAUCCGACGAUGAUGAUGAGGUAGAAGAGGAUGAAAGUGAUGGAGACUCGAAAACAUCCCGCAAACUUUUCUUCAAAAAAGCAAAAGGAAACAAGAAAAAGAAACCUGGUCGCAAAGCCAAGUGGUGUCCACUGGUACUUGAUGAUCUUAUAGAUAUCAUCGUGAGUAGCAACUCAUAUAAAAAGAAACUUAUUUUUACAAACACAAAAAAUCAAAGAAAUGGAGAGCUGUAUGGAGAGAUUUUGAAAGAAGUUAAAGCUAGAGCCUCUGCAAGGGGUGAAAACUUCAAUUUCUCUGUUAAUCAGUUGCGUAGCAAGUUCAAAAAAUGUGUCUGCGUGUGUAAGCAAGCAGCCCUGACACAAAAAACAGCAACUGGGAUCAAAAGAUUUCAGGAGGAUCAAGGAUUUGGCAAGUGGUUCACUGCUUUGUUUGAAGUAGUGAAGACAAGAGAAUCUUGUCAGCCUGAUUUAGCACUGGAACCCUCAGCCUCACCUUCACCUAGUGAUCUUUCGGGAGAAUGUGUGGAUGAUAGUGCCAAAGAAAAAGAACUAUUUGUUCCUGUGAAAGCAAAAAGAAGGCAGUCAUCUAAAGAGAGAUUGGAUACAGCAACAAUAGAGGCACUGACCCUUGUAAAGGAGGCUGUUCAAAAUGACCCCACAAAAGAACUGAUAUCAUUUAUGAAAGAAGAAAUGGAAAAGUCUAGACAGCAUGAGCUCAAAUUGUUUCAGCUUUUGCUCAACCAAAGAAGUGAGGCCAGCUUUCACAGCAUUCCCUAUUCCAGCAAUGAACACAGAUAUAACGCAAAUUUUAGCCCUUACCCAAGCUGGCAUAGUGGUGCACAGGCUAUCCCAAGUCACCCAGGAUCGAGCAUGCCUGAAUGGUCCCCUGGGGCACCUUAUCAGGAUGCAAUGGGAUUAGACCAAAGUUUUGUUGCUACACCUAAAUACACGCGGUUGUGAUGAUCACGCAUAACCCCCUUUUUGUGCUUAAUGAUAUUACUCCUCUGUUCCUGUUAGUAUUUUUUUCUUGUAAAAAAAAAGAAGCAAGUCGAUGGUUAAUGUUUUGCACAAAGCUUGUGAAUUUUGUUAGGUAAUAAAUUCAAAAGUUCAUGUUCAAAGUAAACAGUUUUAAUAUUGUAAAAGCAAUUUUUUACAACACAUUAUUGUACAGCUGUAGGGAAGUGUUUGCUUUUUUACAGCACAUGUUCAAUCAGUGAUGUUAUAAACAUCUGAUGAUUAAUAUAGUUUGGUCAAUAUGAUUUGGAAAACGCAAUGAAAAUAUAUAGUUUAUAAGUCAAUGUCAUUUAGUGAAUUGUGUAAAACUAUUGGAAGAAAAUGGAUUAUUUAAGUAAAUAAUGAAUUAUUUAAUUUAAAGGAUUUAUUUAAUUUUUAUUUUCCUUCAUUGAAAACAAAUAUUCCAUUUUAGAUAUUAUGUACAUGUAUAUUGAAAUCGGUUUGUAUUAUUUACUUACCAUGACAAAUUAUGUGACAUGGAUCGAAUAAAUAACAGAGCACGUUAUCAUCAUUUUUAUG